CAUAAAAAGGAUCAAGGUUUUCACCAAGUUUUUGAUGAGUUCUGUUUCUUCUUAGAAGUUGAGUCGUUCUCUUGAUGUCGUGUGUGGUACGUGGAGUCAGGAUCAAGCUCACGAUCAAGAUCAGGAUCACGAUCAGGAUCGUGUGGGUUGGUGAAUAUAGAAUGAGAUCCGGUUGCCGACUUGUGACAGACGUGAUGCUGGUCGUGUUGUUAGAGACGUGCAAACUUCUACUUGGUCACUUCCUUCACAUCCUCCACCUCGCAGGGCUUUUCUAGUUUCGGCUAGAUACUACAAAUUUUCUUUCUUCGAACGACUACAACUAAUCCCUCAACUCAUUAGCAAGAAGUGACACAAGAUGGUUGGGCAAAGCGGUAAGCAACCAGCUCCGAAGAAAGCUGGAGGAAAUCGCAAAACGGCUUGGAAGAACCAGACCCCUGGUAGCAAGACCAAGAACAUGACGAGCAGCAUGAAAAUCACCGGUCCCACGCGUGGCACCGCCCAGGCUGCCAUCAAGGAGUUCUUCUCCGACCCGAAGAACGCCAAGUUGAAAGAGAAGGACGCAAAAGAAGUUUUGCAGAAGUUGCCGUCUGUUUGUGCAGCUCGUAAGACCGCUAAUCCGGAAUUAGACGAGUUGCUGAAUCGCAACGGGAGGAUGGAUCACAUGCUGGCUCAUCUUGGUGCUGAAACGGACUUGAAGAAGCUUGACUGCAAGACAAUCGUGCGUGAUUUGCUGGUACUACUACUAGUCUCAUGCUGCUCGUCAAACUUUCACUUUUAUAUAGUAUUAAGCUUUCACCACACAGUACUGGUUCUAUAUAACACUCAAGAGCAUGAAAUAUGGACUGCUAUGUAACACUCACGUCUACUUUUAACCCGUACCCAUCUGAACUAUUCAAAAACGAAACUACAGCCUGAGUGGAAGGACAAGACGAAGCACAUUGGUAACGCAAAGGCCUUGGUCAGCGCUUGCGAAUUCUGCAUGUCCCGCUUGAAGAAGACCACGGGCAAGUACGCGAUCUUCCGCCAGGAAUCCCGCAAAGCUUUGGUGCAUGUGAUUAAGGACUGCAAGGACUACGAUGCACUGCGAGGAUUGUACUAACUAAUAGUCAACUGCAUCUACGUGAUGCAUCUCUUUUAUGCACCGUAAUGAUAGAGGUACUGAACCUGAAGAAAGUUCUCUUACUGGGUUUAUGAUUCUUGUUGACAUCAAUGCUGCUAGUUCAUCGAAACGUGUGCAACGUCUCAACGGGAUAUGAUUCAUACCAAGCAACGCGCAAAUCAUUUUCAUUACAGCAUCGACACCUUGUGCGGCCUCGACACCAUCAACAGCAAGAUCGUGAAAGCGAUUGGCUACCAGCGCAUGGGUAACAGGAUCAAGAACAAGGCUGACUUGGAGAAGCGCAUCGCGGCUGUGGAUGUGCUCAAGAAGGACGAGACCUUGGAUAAGGUCGACCAAGAGCUGGUGGAAGCAAUGCUCGGGGUAGGAUUUUAGUUAUACCUUACAUCAUUGUACUAGUCCUUCUUUCGUGUAGAUUUUUUGCGUACCUUCGUACUGCAGUUCGUUAUCAACCUACGUGCUUUAAUAUUCGCUGCGUGUCCAGCUGGUUGCUAACAUAAAGAAGUUGAAGCUCUUCCUCGAUCUAAACUUUAUAUCCAUCCAGGUUCUUGUUGGCAAAUGCCGCUCGCAGUAUCAGAUGUCCGAAGAUAUGGAAGUCAUGCGUCAUGCAGGCGACGGCCGUGAGAUCUACACUCCGUCAGGAGAGGAGAACGGUGGCUCUCAAAAGGAAUGGGAAGAUAACGUCAGUGCAGCGAUCGCCAACAUCGUGAGCACGUCGUCUUGCGGCUUCGAGAUCUGGCGCCACCUGCUUUACGACACUGACGAGGAGGAUCAGCAUGAGAUUCUGCAGAAAGCGCAGGCAUUUUUUCCUUAGUUCUAUGUGAGUGUAGCUGUUUAUUUGUGGUACUACGCAUGCAAAUAUAGACCAAACAACGUUAUCGCUUGAAGUUGUGACGCAGAGACCCUUUUUCGAUCUUUGAUAAUAUAUAAACUCACACCAACUUUUCCAGAUUGAGAAAGCUUUGCUACGUGCGGAAAACAUCAGCACCAUCCUCGCUAAGACCGAGCUGCAGCCCGUCAUGUGGGAGGACGUGAUGAAAAUCAGUCGUGAAACUGCCCAGCUGUUCUCCACGUACCGUUCUGAGGAUGUGCCGAACUUGCUGCUGGCGGUGGGUCAAUUCACUUGGAUGAAUGAUGUGUCUUGGUUCAAGGAGAAACGUGCUAAGACGUUGCGCAAGUGGAGCCAAGCACUGGCACGCGGCGAAUUUCAUUGCAUGCGCCACAUGGUUCUCGACAGUGUCACCGAACUGGUUGCAACGAACUGGGAACGCGUAUCAAUUUUUAUACAGCAUUGAUUUUUGUCGUAUCAAAACCAACUACACGGGUGCGCCCCGUCUUGUGACUUGCUGUAGCCAUGCUCGGUGAGUGGUGUCUAUUUUAAUUUUGAAGUCGUCACUUUUCGAAAUAACGUCUAAUCUUUCUAAGUCGAUUAUGUACCACGGCAGGGAGUGAGUUUUUUGUAGUUUUGUAUGAUCGUGGCCGUCAUUUGAGUUUGAUUAUCAAUCGACCACUAACAUCCAUGCAGGCCUUCAGCCUGGCGGCAGAGAUGUGGGAAGCCGUGGGCACCUUGGAUUCGGCUUACAAGAGAAACUCAGGACGUGAUCUCCUUGCUCAGCAUGGUGAUGCUGUGGUGCAGAAGUACGAGGCUUUGUUGGCGUACUUGCAUGACAACGAGAAAUGCUCGAACGUUGCUAAGGAUUUUCGUGGUGCAGCUUUUCAACAACUUGGCAUGCUGCCUACGGUCAUUCAGGAGAUGUUCAAGGACACGUUCGGCAAAUCCAACGAGUUGCAGACCAAGGUCGGUUUCUGGGACAACGAGUACCUCGCGAAGCACGCGAAGACACUCCUGGAGUCCAAGGCGGUGGGUGCUUUGGACUCUAUGAGCCUCAUUGCUCCCAACUGCGCAGCGGUUGUUGAGGGACUGUUGCGUCUCGCUCACAAUGAAGAUGAGAGUGAUGGCGAUUCCGACAACGAUGACGUCAAAGCGUAUUUUGAAUCUGCUCGAGUCAAGUCCUCUCCGCCGGUUUCGAAGUACGACGAUGACAGUGAGGUUGACUCUCCGUCUGCCUCGCAGAAUGGCUCGGAUGGCGAGCUGGACGAGUUCUUCGAAGUGAACAAACGCAUGAGCAUCGAUCCAAAGAAGAAGGCGUCGAGCAAGAACGCUGGCAAAAAAAGCACUACCUCGGGCAAGGACACAGCUCUGGAGACUCCGGUAGCGAAGUGAUAACAAGUAUGCUACUCACAAUAUGAAUCAAGACGACAUGUCUCAUUUUGUAACGCAAUUCCACCCUCUCUCGAUUUCACAACAUUCGCAACUAUUGACUUCUCUUGUACGCUGGUAGGUUUGAAGGAUAUGCUACUUUCUUCAACACCAUUCUGUUUCUCAUCACAGGCGGACAAGAUCAUCAACAUGGAGAGUUCCCAGGAAGAGAUGGGCCCGUUUGGUGAGAUCGUGCAGAUGGAGGAAUUGGCUGCGCCACAACCGAAGAAGCGCCGCAGCGUGAAUGAGGACGACGCGGGCUUGCCCCUUGUGCUCGAGGGACAUGCAGGUGAAACACGAGGUGGUCACUAGUCUCUAUAUAUAUAUAUAAUAUCUUCUGUCUCAGAGUAUUGACGUCAUUGCUGUGUACUACGUUUUGAGAUUCCGUCUACCACCUUCACAAGUCAUAUCGUAUGCUGUGAGCUUCAGGCUCGGUCUGUAACUAAAUGAGCGCAGUAGAGGGUUAGGAAUCAUCUAGAUGUCAUUUCAUUCUUCGGGUUCAGUGUGUAGGUGCAGUCUACUACUCUCUUGCUUUGUUCUUCAUAACCGAUUUGAACACCCCUCACACCAGGCAACAAGGCGGGGCCGUCUUCGGUGUUUGCUUCUCAAUAA